AUGUCGAUCCAAGCUUGUGCUCAGACUGUGAAUUGGAGUCUCCUCCAGCUUCACAGCUCUACACACCAAUUCCACUCAUCUCUUCUCUCUAUCAACGUCACGCUUCAGAUCACCCUCUCCCAGAUCAUUGAUAUGGAUGAGAGGAACCAGAUCCUGACCACCUACCUGUGGAUUCGCCAGGUGUGGAUCGACGCCUACCUCACCUGGAAGAAGGAAGACUAUGACGGCCUCGACACCAUCCGCAUACCCAGCAGCUACGUUUGGAGACCUGACAUCGUCCUGUAUAACAGUGCAGACGACGAGUUCUCCAGUUCCAUGGAGACCAAUGUGGUUCUCCGUCACGAUGGCCAGGUCAUGUGGGACCAGCCAGCCAUCACCAAGAGCUCCUGCUCUGUGGACGUGGCCUUCUUCCCCUUUGACAAGCAGCAGUGUCACCUCACCUUUGGCUCCUGGACUCAUAACGGUAACCAGAUGGACCUGUCCAAUGCCUUGGACAGCGCCGACCUGGCUGACUUUGUUCCCAAUGUGGAGUGGGAGGUUCUGGGCAUGCCAGCCAAGAAGAACGUCAUCCUGUACGGCUGCUGCUCUGACCCAUACCCGGACAUCACAUUCACCCUCCACCUGAAGAGGCGUGCCUCCUUCUACAUCUUCAACCUCCUCAUCCCCUGCAUGAUGAUCUCCUUUCUGGCUCCGCUGGGCUUCUACCUGCCAGCUGAUUCUGGUGAAAAGGUUUCUCUGGGUGUCACAGUGCUGCUGGCCCUCACUGUGUUUCAGUUGCUGGUGGCUGAGAGCAUGCCGCCCUCUGAAAGCGUCCCGCUGAUAGGAAAGUACUACAUCGCUACCAUGACGAUGGUCACUGCAUCAACAGCGCUCACCAUCUUCAUUAUGAACAUUCACCACUGCGGUCCGGAGGCUCGUCCUGUCCCAGAAUGGGCCAAGAAAUUCAUCCUCAACCACCUGGCCCGCAUCUGUUUUGUCUACGAGGUUGGUGAGAACUGCCUGAGUGGGACUUCAUCCACGAAACAACCUCCGUCACAGGAGCAGUCUGAAUCCCCAGCGGCCAAUUGCGCCAACCCCAAAGGAACAAAUUGGGAUGUGAACGGGCAGGUGUGGGGAGGGAGGGUGGAGAAAGAUGGGGCAGGGGAGUCUCUGAAGCCGAUUGACUGGAAAGCGGAUCUGUUUGUGACCAUCGACCACUCGGAGGAAGAAGGAGCUGCUGGAGGAAGUGAAGAGCAGGAGCAGUCAAACAGUACUUGUGGAGGAGGAGAGUACGUUGAAGAAAAGAAAGGCGUAGGAGGCGAAGGAGGAGGUGGAGCCGGGGAGAACAGGAGGAAGAUCUUUGUGAGAACCCAGUGCGUUUGCCAGCACCAGGGACUGCGCAGUAGCGUCGAUUACAUUGCCAACUCGUACAAAGACCAGCGAUUCGCACAGGUGCGCAUUGGCGAAUGGAGGAAGGUUGCCAAGGUGAUGGAUCGUUUCUUCAUGUGGCUAUUCUUCAUCAUGGCCUUCUUCAUGAGCAUCCUCAUCCUGGGAAAGGCCAUCUGA